ACACACAGAUCAAUUUAGUGUAGGAGUUGGCAGUAUGACCAAAAUCACAGUAUGAGUAAUUUUAUAUCACAAUAACGGUAUACAGCGUCAAGAUUUUUGUUUUUGCUGGGAAUUUAAAGGCAAACUACAUAACUUUUUUUGUUCAAAAUUAACAAAAUUUAAAUAAUGAGUCAAUGCAUCAUCAAUGCUUCUUUCAAAAUGUGUUUUUCACUAUGGUAAGCCUAUUAUAAGUGUUUAUAUUUUAGACCUGACGGUAUGGUUUUUCGCGGGAAAUUGCGUAUGUACGUCACCCACCGUGUAUAUUAUCGUAAACUAAAACUAUUAAAAACAUUUCUGUUCAUUGAAAUAAAACAUUAAUAAAAAAAAGCUUAACCUGAAUGAAAAUAAGAAAUGUUGCCUUGACAAAAAACUGAAAUAAGUUUGAGCUGAAGCACUAAGAUAAUUUAUUUAUUUAUUUAUUUUUUAUUUACCUUUAUUUUACCAGGAAGUCUCGUUGAGAUUAAAAUCUCUUUUACAAGAGAGACCUGGCCAAGGUAGCAGCCAUACGAUGUCUAGAAGUGGCAGUGUCGCUCAGCACCACCAUAUUGGACUCCAGCAGUUAGAGGCCAUAUCCUCCUCCACACGUGUCUUUCUCGGCCCCAACAAACGGCUGAAGUUCAUCCGGGAUGAAGACGCCGGGGAUGCGGUGUUGGUCAGCACCUGUCCACGUCUUCUUGAGCAUAUCGAGUUAGGCGGCUCGGUCGGACAGCUGCUACACGAGACGGUACGGGCCCAGCAGAAGGUCUUCCACUCUGGGACGGGUGCGCUGAUGUUUCUGGCUGGAGUCUGGAGUCGAGUUGCACUGGAGUGUCUCAACAGAGGAAUAAGUGUGUCGGACAUCAAAACAGCCAUGAGCAAAGGACUGGAGGUGUGUUUGGAGGCGUGCAAACAAUCGGCUGUAAGCGUGCAAGAAGUGUCCUGUGAGAGACUAAAGGGGCACAAACCCAGUCCAGCUCUUAAAUCUGAGCUUCAGGACCCUCAUAAUCUCAGGUUGACCACCCUCAAACACAGCAGGCACUUUAGCUCACAUGAUGCACAAGCUGAAAACACAAAACCAGCUCUGAAUGAUGUAACUGGCAUAGCGGAAGCCAUCAGCCACGGAUGCCAAGCCUCCAUGAGUUUAGUUUUAAAAGCUUGCAAGUUGCAAUCCAAAACCAGUGCACAGAACAGAUUUUUGGAUAUCCAAAAACUGGUUACGUGCUCCAUACCGGGCCCGUCCGAGGAGCAUUCACGCGUGAUACACGGGUACGUCACGCUGCUAUCAGUUGAACAGGCCUCGGUGGUUCAGCGCCUUCAGGGUCAGGUGUUAAAUAUCGCUUUGGUGAACGGCGACUUGUGCGAGAAAUAUCGCCACGUGGGCUUCAACAGGCCUGCGAAUGUCAUGCACAUCACAGAUUGUGCUAACAUGCCAAGUGUGAGUCUGGAAGAGCAUUGGAAUGAGAAUGCAUUAAAAACACUGCAUGAGUUCAGCAUAGGUGUUGUGCUUGUAAGCGGUGUGGUUAAUGUGAAGCUCAAAGAGCGCUGCUCAAGCGUACUGGUUAUUGAAGGUGUUAAAAGCACCAUUUUGAAGGACUUCAGCACAUACACAGGGGCCGUCCCAGUUUCAUACAUCACUCAGCUCGACAGGCGCUGCGUGGGCCGAGGAGUGAAAGUCAGUCGAUGUGGGGAAAAUGAGUCCGUUAGCAUUGCGACUGCAAGCACGUCUCUGGUCACUGCGGUCAUAACCAGCUCUGUUCCUGCUAAACUACAAAUCUUGGAGGAUGAAUUCUGGAGCUGUGCUCACCGGCUGCACCAGGCGCUCGCAGAUGGGAAGUUGCUUCGUGGUGCAGGAGCCAUUGAACUCAACUGCAUCCACCAGCUACAGCAAUACAAACGGAGAGAGACGGAAAACCCGCAGGAAAAUGUGGUGCUGGAGCUGAUGGCCGAAGCCUGGAUGGACUACGUCUCCACUUUGAUGCUGAACAGCGGGUCGGUGGCAUCUAAAGCAGAGGCUUGGACUGCUGUUGCACAUCAGAUGAGACUUUAUAAAGAUGGAGAGCCCAUAUUACAAGCUUUUAGGGACACAGAUGGGGUUGGUGUGUAUGAUAACGUGACAGUGAAGACUGAGGCCUGGAGAAGAGCUCUGGAUCUGGUGUUUCUAGUGCUUCAGUCUGACACAGAGAUCAUUACAGGAGUCAGUGAAGGAGAACAUGUUUACAAUGAGCUCAUGUGUCUUUGACAUCUGUGACAUAUUUAAUAGCUUUUUGUCUGCAUAAUUAUUAUUUUUUAUAUAAGUCAGAAUGGAAUUGAAACCAAAUAACCUUUUUUUUUUCAUACACUCUGAAGAUGCUGCAGGCCUUUUCUAAGUAUUCAAACACCUGACAAUCUUCCUACGAAAAUGUGCUACGAUAAUGACAAUAUGUGUGCUGUUCUAAUGGAAAAGUAAAAUAGAAUACAACAUGGAAGUUUUUGUUUUUUAUUCAUUUUUUGUCAGAUUUAUUUGAUGCAAAAAAUAAUACAUUAUACAGUACAUUAUACAUUUAGAAAUUAAUAAAUCUAAUAAUCUGUCCAUCCA